AUGGGAGAUACCAAAAAAGUAUCUAGCGACAUUCUGCUAGAAGUUUGUAAGACGUUGAAACAGUUGGUUGAUGGAGAUGAGGAGAAUUUCGAGAUAGCUUGUCACAAUCCGAACAAGAAGGGUGAGGGAUUCUCUGGAGAAGUGAUUUUCGUAACGUUAAGGAAUAAAAAAACUCGCAAAGAAUUGAAUGUUAUUGUGAAGCAAGCUUUUAGGGACGAGGCACUCAGAGACGUAAUGCCAGUUAAGGAUAUUUAUAUGAACGAGAUUUACUUUUACUCGAAAGUAUGGCAUACUCUAGACAAGUUCCAAGAACAAAUUCCGAUGAAGUACCGCUUCCAGAAAGUGCCCAAAUGUUUGGCAACAUUUUCCAACGCGAACUUUGAGUACUUAGUCAUGGAGAACUUGAAGUUUCAGCAUUUCCAGAAUCACGAUAAGAAACUGCCUUUAGGCAAGGAAUAUUACGAACUUAUCUUCAGGGAAUACGGGAAGUUCCACGGCAAGGAAUAUUACGAACUUAUCUUCAGGGAAUACGGGAAGUUCCACGGUUUAUCAUUCGCUUAUAAAGCUUCACACCCUGAGGAGUACGCCGAUUUGGCGAAAGGGCUGGUAGAUAUAUUUUUGAGGAUUGUCGAGAACGAGGUUACUCAAAAAGGGAUAAAGUAUUUAUACGAAAAUUGUAUUGAAAGUCUUCAACCAGGAGUUGAUGAUGCCGUGAUAGAAAAGUUGCGACUAUAUCUACAAAAUCACAAAGAGUUUUUACUAGAGAUUACAGAUAGUAAAACGAAAUAUUCUGUUAUUACUCAUGGAGAUUGUUGGAGCAAUAACAUGAUGUUUAAGCACGACAUAAGUAGUCUGUAA